UGACACUACUAUAUAUACAUACAAUACAUACAUACACAUGUAAUAAUAAUAUAUCUCAUGCUUCUACUUUGUCUUUCUUACUCAUAAUAAUAACUUCACUUCACCAUUUUCUUUAUUUUUUUUUUAUUUUUCCCAAAAAAAAAACAUUAAAGCUGCUCACCCGUGACAAAACAAACAACUAUACUAUUAUUAUCUCUGUUUGGAACUUGGAAGAAGAUAUUAGAAAUGGGGUUGUUGGUCACAUUCUCCAUUUUUAAUCUUCUUCUUCUUCUUCUUAUAUUAUUAGUAUGUGUUAAUGGUGGAAGAAUCCCAAGUACAGUUGAUGGGCCCUUUAAGCCCAUUACAAUUCCUCUUGAUAAAAGCUUUAGAGGUAAUGCUGUUGAUUUGCCUGAGUCUGACCCACGUGUUCAGAGAUUGGUUCAAGGUUUUCAGCCUGAACAAAUCUCUGUUUCUCUUUCUUCAACUUAUCACAGUGUUUGGAUAUCUUGGAUUACAGGGGAAUAUGAAAUUGGUGAGGAUAUAAAGGCAUUGGAUGGUGAUAGAGUUGAUAGCAUUGUUUUGUAUGGUGUUUAUGGAAAACCACUUACUAAGAAAGCAAGAGGCUAUUCUCUUGUCUACAAUCAACUCUACCCUUUUCAAGGCCUACAAAACUAUUCUUCUGGAAUUAUACACCAUGUUCGCCUCACCGGACUAAAACCAAACACAUUAUAUCAAUACCAAUGUGGGGAUGUUGAAGAAGGAAUAAGUAAUAACCUUUAUUACUUCAAGACCAUGCCAAAGAGUGGCCCAAAGAGUUACCCUAGUAGGAUAGCGGUGGUCGGAGACCUCGGGCUUACAUACAACACCACAUCAACCAUUGAACACUUGACAAGUAACCAUCCCGAUCUUAUUUUAUUGGUCGGCGAUGUUUCUUAUGCUAAUUUGUACCUCACAAAUGGAACGGGAACCGAUUGUUACUCCUGCUCUUUUCCUGACACUCCCAUUCACGAAACCUACCAACCUCGUUGGGACUUUUGGGGAAGGUACAUGCAGCCUCUAAUUUCAAAUGUUCCAAUAAUGGUAAUAGAAGGAAACCAUGACAUAGAACCACAAGCCGAAAAUCAAACGUUUGUUGCUUACAGUUCUCGAUUUGCAUUCCCCUCAGAAGAGUGUGGAUCAUCGUCCACACUCUUCUACUCUUUCAAUGCAGGAGGAGUGCAUUUCAUAAUGCUCGGUGCCUAUGCUCCAUACGAUCGAACAUCUGACCAGUACAAGUGGCUUGAGGACGACUUGGCUAGCGUUGACCGAGAAGUGACUCCAUGGUUGGUAGCUUCUUGGCAUGCUCCUUGGUAUAGUACCUACACAGCACACUAUAGAGAAGCAGAGUGUAUGAGAGUAUCAAUGGAAGACAUUUUGUACAAGUAUGGAGUUGACUUAGUCUUUAAUGGCCAUGUUCAUGCCUACGAAAGAUCGAACCGAGUUUAUAACUACAGUUUGGAUCCUUGUGGACCUGUUCAUAUAACAAUUGGUGAUGGUGGGAAUAGAGAGAAAAUGGCGAUCGCGCACACUGAUGAACCUGGAAACUGUCCAAAACCAUCAGAAACAAUUGAUCCAUUUAUGGGUGGUUCUUGUGCUUUUAACUUCACUUCGGGUCCUGCAGCAGGAAAAUUCUGUUGGGAUGAACAACCCGAAUAUAGUGCAUACCGAGAAAGCAGUUUUGGGCAUGGAAUUUUAGAGGUGAAAAAUGAGACUCAUGCUCUAUGGACAUGGCAUCGAAACAGAGACAUGUACAAAGUUUCUGGAGAUGUGAUUUACAUAGUGAGAGAGCCCGAAAAAUGUCCAAGUGGACAAGAGCUGAGAUCGAGAAAAUGAAGAAGAAGAAGAAGAAGAAAAUACAGCAAAAGAAAUAAAAAUAAGUUUUAUCUUUUAAUUACAGAAAUAUAUAUAUCAUAAUAGAAAGUUGUGUUCAGUGAGUUUUUCCUCUUAAACAAGCAAGAAUUUAGUUAAAGAUUUCCAAAUGCAUAAAAAAUUCAUACAAAAAGCAAAAGCAAAAGAAUUGUUACAAUUAAUAUAAGUUGAAUUUAAGCAAA